CGCUCAUGCGCGCUCCCCCCGCCCUCCGGGGGCGCGCCGGCUCUGGGCGGGUCCUGCGGUGGCAGCGGUCUCCUCCUCCUGCCGCUCCUCCUCUUUCCCUGCUCCUCCCCAACUUCCCCCGCGGGCGUUCUCGAGCCAACUGUGCUCCUCUGGGCCCCCUCCACCUGCUUCUAACCAUGGUGGCCUGGCACUCGGCGUUCCUCGUUUGCCUCGCUUUCUCCUUGGCCACUCUGAUCCAGAGAGGAUCCGGGGACUGGGAUGAUUUCAAUCGGGGGAAUGCAUGGAAAGAAACUACCUCAGUGAAGCAGAGAUGGGACCAUGUUACCACCACAACCAAGAGGCCAGGAACGACCAGAGCUCCGGCAAAGCCUGCAGGUACUGAUUUUGACUUGGCUGAUGCUUUUGGUGAUCACGAUGAUGGCCCCAGGAAACCGAGUGCCGGAGGAGGAGGAGGAGGAGGAGGAGGAGGAGGAGGAGGAGCAAAAGAUUUUGACUUGGCUGAUGCCUUGGAUGAUCAAAAUGAUCGAGAUGGUGGCCGUAGGAAACCGAAUACAGAAGGAGGAGGUUUUUCAGACAAGGAUCUCGAAGAUGUAUUAGGAGGUGGUGACUACAAACCUGACAAGGGUAGAGGUGAUGACCGGUAUGGCAGCAAUGACGACUCUGAAUCCGGAAUGUCGCCAGAGACCGGCACCAUUGCUGGUGUGGCCAGUGCCCUGGCCAUGGCCCUGAUCGGUGCUGUCUCCAGCUACAUCUCCUACCAGCAGAAGAAGUUCUGUUUCCGCAUUCAGCAUGCAGCAGAUGUUCAAGAGGGUCUCAAUGCAGACUACGUGAAGGGAGAGAACCUGGAAGCCGUCGUGUGUGAGGAACCACAGGUGCAAUUCUCAGCGCUGCCACCCCAGUCUGCAGAGCCGCCGCAGCCCCAGCCGCCCAGGAUCUGAGGCCCCACGCAGCAGCAGACGCACAGUGGCGCCGCCACUGGGGACCCAGCUCCUUAUUUCAUUUGGACCCGCAGCCGCUGUAGUUCUGCUUCGAUGUCAUUGGCUUCUCGUUCUAAGUUUUCUGGAUGAGCUCUGGGUGAUUGUGAGUUUCGUUUCUGUGCCCUGGACACAGACUGGGGUGCCCCCCUGCCGCAGGUGCUCUGAAGACUUGGUGUUGAAAUCCAGCCUCAGGAGCCGCUGGGUCACUGACUCCCCAAAGCCAGCCUAUCCCAGGCCUUAGUGAGCUGGGGCGGGGGCGAGGUGAGGGAGGGCAAGAGGACACUUAUGCUUAGAGGACAAGGGUUUGACCGCAGGGUAGUGUCAUUCCCGAGGUUCUGCAUUGAUUCACUGGCAGGUUUCUGCCAAUAGGCAGCCCUUGGUGUGACCUCAGAGAGCUUUCAGGGGGCCCAGCUAGCACCCAGUGCUUGAAGCCACUGCAAGGAGCAAACCAGCGAGCACCCACUAACAUGUGUCUGUGUGUGUGCGCGCGCGCCUGCGCACACACACAACAAGGGGCGGGGGUAGGGGGGUGUCAUUUUGGUCCUUCCUUCCAGUUCCAGUGUUGACACUGCUGGGCUUCCAAGGAGUUGGCCCACGUGGAGACUUCAUUUUUUUAAGUGCAAACAUGCAUGCCAUGAUAGUCCUGCCCUGAGAGUUUAGGAACCUUCUGGACAAGUAGGAAGCUAUGACUCUCAGGUCUAAAUUCCAUCUGAUUCCAUAGGGGACUGGUGUAGUCUCCAGGCUGACAUGAUUAGUUUUUAGGAAUCAUUUAUGCAUCGGAAAUGCAUUUUAUCCUGGACGUGGGAGGUGUUCACCCUCCACCCUGUUUGUGUUCUUAUUUUGGUAGCAGAAGCUACAGACAUCAAUAAUGAGCAUCAAAGCCACAGGCAUGCUGUAUGCUUUUUGUUGGCUUAGAAAUGUAUUGGGGGGGGGUGCAGGGAGGGAUGUUUGCUUGCUUUAGUGACGUACAGCUGACUUGGUGUGUAGUUACCUGCCUGGCCUGUUAGGGAUGAGCACUGCGGUCUGCUCAGUGUGAUAAACAGCAGAACCCGGGAACUGGCCCCUUACCUGGCCCGGCGCUGAUUUGGGCCGGAGCAGAGCUGGCUUCCUGGAAUGCUCCCUUUAGCCCCCACGUGGUCCUGUCCCUGGGAGCCCUGCUGUCAGAGGCCGAGCUAGAGCCAUGUCUACCGAUAAUCAGUUUGCAGUGUCGAAAAGCACUUCGGAAAGCAUAAUAUAGGUCAGCAGAAAGCUAGGGUCCCAUUUACAAGUUCACGUGCCUCUUUGCCCCGCACGGGCGGCCCCACACAUCCUAUAGGCUGUGCGUUAGCUCCCUGUCCACCAGCUGGGAUGAGGCAACUCCAACUUAUUAAGGAAACAGUUGAAAUCUGAACAGACCCCGCACGUUAUCUAACGCAUGCCUCCUGUGCUCAUUUCAGCACUUAUUUAAAAAAAAAUACCCAUGGGAUGGAAAUCAGGUGUAGUACGUGGCUCAAUGCUGCCCUUUGGAUCCAUUCCCCAUACAGGCCUGUAGGCACUGAAAGGCCCUCCCUGCGUGGGGGCACAUCCCAGACAGCCUAGGAGUGUGUGUCUAUGACGGGGUGGGGAGCACCCCCUACUGAGGACACACCUGUGCUCCAGGGAGUUGAGCAGGGGACGCAUUGCUUAGAAGGUGUGCCUAUUUCCAGCACCCUCCCUGCCUGCAGUGGCCAGAUUAUCAACUUUGCGAGGCCUGUUCCUCCCAAGGAUGGCAAGGGCUGAUGGCCUCAACCCUCACUGGUGCUGGGCUGGAGGCGGCGGCUAUGAAGGCUUUUUGGAUCCAUGGCCUGUUGCCUCGUAGGUAGGGUGACCUGAGGACCCGGGGAGGGCCAGUGUCAGGGAAGGAUCGCGUUAGGAUGGCUGUGUGCCAAGGCCCCCGAGGCAUUUUAAAGGAAGAAAAACAGGGCAGCGCUUGCAGGUGGUAGAAGACUUCUGUCCCUGCCCCCAUGGAGUGUGGAUGAGGACGGAUGUGACCUGUGUGUUGCCUGGCAUGGCAAGCAUGGUGCUGGCACUAGAGCUGUUGGGCUUCUCCGCUGGGAGGCCGGAAGGCCCCUGAGUUUCACUUUGAGGCUUGUGAUGGCUAAAGGCCUCCAGCUGUGAUGAGAAGUCAGCGUCGUUGGUAAAGCCACCGCCUCAGCAGCUCUGCCUUCGGUUCACAGGCCCCUUUUGCUCCUCCUUAGCUAUCUGGGUGCUUUCUGCAGAAUGGCCACAGCCCAGUGCUCAGACCUGCUCCUAGCGACUGGCCAUGCCUGGUAGGUCACUCAGUCGCCCAGGGGGGCACUGACGCCUGCAGAAGCCUCCAGGACUCUUAUAACUGUGAUUAUCUCCAAGUUGCAUUGGCUAGUGUAGGCCCGCCCCAGGUGAUAGCGGAGAUAAAGUGAAUGAACUAGACAGGUGGAGUGAACAUAGUCAAUCCAGGUCAGCUUAACAUGGUGGCGGGGAGCUCAGUGUUGACAAUAACUGAGCACGUGGGGGAAGGAGGUAUGGCAGCUUUGUGGUGUGGGGUGCCCUCUGGGGUGCCACCCAUAGAAUACUGCCAGGCCCACUGCCUUGGCCACUAGGAUUGGGUUUUAGUACCAGUUCCCUGAGGAAGAAGAAAUAGAGACUGAUCAUAGAAUCCCCUUACUUUUUAUGUGCUUGUGUUUCAGUGAAUUGUAAACUGUCUCGUGUUUGCAUUAAACAAAAUGGAACCUAACAGAUCAUUGCAUUGUGACGGCAUUAAGGUUCCUUUGUCAA